CGGCUAGACCACGAGGGGGAGGCUGUUUCUUUUCUUUCUUUUUUUGGGAGGGUGUGGGGGGCAGCUGCUGGGUGUGGGGGUGAGGUCUCCCCUACCCCACGUGCUCCAGAAGGGGGAGUCCCACCCGUUGGGAGUAGCUCUCGGGGCCGCACUUUCUUCGGGGGCGGGCUUGGGGCGGCUGCCUGCGGCCGGAGACGGGGGUGGCUCCGCCGGUCGCAGUUCGCUCCUCCCUCGCCUGCACGACUCCGCUGCUUAGCUGCGCUCCUCCUCCGGCUGACUGUUCGCUCGAAAACCCGUUGCCUCCGGCUCCUUCGCUCCGGGACAGCCGCUGAGCUCCGAGUUGGGGCUACCUCGGGAGGAACGCGGGGUCGAUCCACGGUCUCGGCUGGCGCGCGGGCGGUGAGCCCAGGAGCCAAGACGGAGCCGCUCGGGGACUGGCCGCCCCGCGGCCCCCUCGCCGCCGUCCCUUUCCCUAGCUCCCUGGCUCCCUUCUCCGUAUGGGAUUGUAGCCGCGGCGCGGACCCGGCGGGGAUCGCGGGGGAGGCGGAGGCGCCCACGGGGCCAGAGCCACUGGAGCUCGGGGAGGACGAGGAUCUGGAGGACGAGGAGGGAGCCGAUCGCGGGUCCAUGUUUGCCCCGGGUUCGGAGGAGCCCUGCGCCCCCAGCAAAGAGCCGCGGAAAUACGGGGAGCUCGUGGUAUUAGGGUAUAAUGGUGCACUUCCUAAUGGAGACCGAGGACGUAGGAAAAGCAGGUUUGCUCUCUACAAACGCUCAAAGGCUAAUGGAGUCAAGCCAAGCACUGUUCAUGUAAUAACAACACCUCAGACUUCCAAGGUGAUCAGUUGUAAAGGUCAACACAGUAUCUCUUAUACUUUGUCAAGAAAUCAAACAGUAGUGGUGGAAUAUACACAUGAUGAUGAUACUGAUAUGUUCCAGGUGGGACGAUCAACAGAGAGCCCAAUAGACUUUGUGGUAACUGACACAAUUUCUGGCAGUCAAAACAAUGAUGAAACCCAGAUCACACAAAGUACUAUAUCUAGAUUUGCUUGUAGGAUUGUUUGUGAUAGGAGUGCACCAUAUACAGCACGGAUUUUUGCAGCAGGAUUUGAUUCUUCCAAAAACAUCUUUCUUGGAGAAAAGGCAGCAAAAUGGAAGAAUCCUGAUGGACACAUGGAUGGACUAACUACAAAUGGUGUUCUGGUAAUGCAUCCAAAAGGAGGAUUUACAGAAGAAUCCAAACCAGGGAUAUGGCGUGAAAUUUCAGUUUGUGGAGAUGUAUAUACGCUGCGAGAAACAAGAUCAGCCCAGCAAAGGGGAAGGCUAGUUGAGAAUGAGACCAACAUCCUACAAGAUGGCUCCCUCAUUGAUCUAUGUGGGGCAACCCUUCUAUGGAGAACAGCUGAUGGUCUCUUUCACACUCCAACUCAAAAGCACAUUGAAGCUCUACGACAAGAAAUCAAUGCUGCCCGACCCCAGUGCCCUGUCGGACUGAACACAUUGGCAUUUCCCAGCAUCAACCAGAAGGAUGUGGUGGAAGAGAAACAGCCUUGGGCGUACCUCAGUUGUGGCCACGUGCACGGCUAUCACAACUGGGGACACCGGAGUGACACCGAAGCGAACGAGAGGGAGUGCCCGAUGUGCCGAACGGUUGGGCCCUACGUGCCCCUCUGGCUCGGCUGCGAGGCCGGGUUUUAUGUCGAUGCCGGGCCCCCGACCCACGCCUUUACCCCUUGUGGACAUGUGUGCUCAGAGAAGUCUGCCAAGUACUGGUCCCUGAUUCCCCUGCCUCACGGCACCCACGCCUUUCACGCUGCCUGCCCCUUUUGUGCCACACAGCUGAUUGGGGAGCAGAACUUUGUAAAACUAAUUUUCCAAGGCCCAGUUGACUGAGGCUCUCUAUGAUACUAUCACUUUAACAAGUUACUGUGAAGAUUUUGCCACUAAUUGUAGAUUUUACUUUUAUUAUGAUAUUGUUAAAGGGGCUGAAGGGGGGGAAACACUAAUAGAGGUUAGGAAAGUGGGGUUACAGCAGUGACAGAUGCCUGAAACUUGGCAGCUAUCAGUGAUGUCGCAUUUGUAACAGCUGCCUAGUCAUCAGAAUUCGUUUGAUAAGUAUGUGUAUUUGUAAUUGAAUUUUAAAAUACUAUGUUUUAUUUUAAUCUUGGGUUUUUUAACAAAUUUUUUUUUUCCCCUUGUAACCUUUGACAAAUCUCUAAGUAAUACCUUUUUCACUAUUAGGAGUUUAACAAAAAGGAUUUUUGUUGGUGGUGGUUUUUUGUUUGUUUUUAACUAUUAAUUUGCAACCCUCAGCAUUUAGGAUCAUAUAAUUAGAAAUUUAAGGGACCUUAGAGGCCAUCUAGUCCAACUUGCUUAUUUUACAGAAGAACGAACUGAGGCACAAAAUAAGUAUCUUGUCCACGUCAUUCAGGAAAUGACAAAGUCAAAAACUGAACCCAGGACCUCAAGACUCCCAAAGUCUGUGAUACUCUUUCCACACUACUGUUCUGCUUUGUCUAUAAAUGUUAACUUAAGCGUUACAAACAGUAUGUGGAAAUGUUUGCUAACCACAAGAUGGUUAUCUACAUCAAGGUGACCAGAACCAGAUUAAAAUGUAAUUGGGAAAUAUUUAACCAAAUAAAUAAAAAUACAAUGGAAAGUAGAUAAUGCCUGUGGUUUUCUAAGUCAAUAUAUGGCCUGCAGGGAUUAUGUAUGUUUUAGUGACCCCUGUUUCUAUUGAGUUUUGAUAGCAAUGAUCUACAUGAUGUUAUGAAAUGAAAAUGUGACAUUAAGCACACAGAGAAUUGUCUUGGUGUUGGAAACUUUUUGACCUAUUUUUUAUUAUAUAAAGUUGAAAAAGAAGAUUCAAAUAUCGUAAUGACUUUUUAAAUUUGUUUUUCAGAAUCUAAUUGUGUUAUGCAUAUUUGUAUAAUAACUUUUGAUAUUAUAAACAAAGAAUUCUUUACAACUUUUUGGUCUAAAUUUUACAGCCUGUCCCUGCUAUGCACCUUGCAUGCCUAGGACCAUUUGAUUGAUUAAAAUGUAGCAUCUCUCAAAAUUCAUUAGCUAAGCAUUAUUGCAGCAGAGAUUGUUUGGAUACUAUAAUACCAAAUUUAUGCACAUACUGAAUCAUUUAUUGAGUUUAAAAAGUGAUUUCAGAUUAAUUUGCUUUUUUUUAAACUCACUUGUAUGUUUUUUUGAACUUGGAUGUAUCCAGUGUUCUGUGAAUGGAGAGCUCACCUCAUACUGUAAUGAAAAAGUAGAUUUUGUUCACUCUACUUCACACCAUCUGUCACCUUCUGUUGCAGUUUGAGGAACACUAUAAAUUUUGAAAAUGUUUGCAAAUCAAACUAAAUUUAAAUGUGAUCAUUUGAUGUACACAACACCCAAUGGGAUUUCUGCAGAGAUAAUUUAAAAUAUCUGAUUUUAAGACAGCAAAUAAGUGUUUACUGAGGAAUAAUUAAAUUAAAAUUUCUUAUGAGCGCCAACAUCCCAUUCACUUGGCUUUAUUUAAUUCUGAAUAAUAAUUAUUCUAUGAUACCUCUGGUAACAAGUAUAGAGACUAUCAAGUCUACCCAGGAUGAAAAUGUUCAUUUGGGAGAAUAUUAAUAGCUAUCUGAAAGAAAAUAAAAAUCUACUGAAUGAACAGUAUUUUAAACUAUAACGUCUAUUAAAUUGACCAUUGGAGCUUUUUAUGCUACACAUGGGACCUUUGUAUAGACAUAUAAUUUAUAUAACUUUAAUAUAUUGUGUAUAUAUAUAUCUAUAAAAACAUACUUGAUUGGCCUGUUGAUAUUUUGGCUGUAAAUUGUUUUAUAGUUAAUCUAUAAGCUUAGCAUUUUUAAUUCUCUUUACUCAUGGGUGAUGAGAUGUAUUGGUUUUGUUUGCUGCUGUUUUUAAUAUUCUUACUACAUAAAAUGUCAAUUUGUCAAUUUAAAAUAGCCUCACUUUUCCAUACACUUUGUGGUUUGGGGUGGGGGAUUUUCGCUUCAAAAUACCACAGAUCUCCCAUGGCAUUCUUCUCAGUGAUCCCUUUCUGUACAUCUUGCUCAUCUCUGCUUGACGACUAAGAACAGAACAACUUGGACAUGCCUAAAAUAAUAGCACGAGUGCCUUUUUAUUCCGCGAGUCUUCAGUGACCUUUGAUUAGGUUCCAAGUCCUUCCCACAAGCAUUGUGGGUCAUUCAGGAUAGACUAUUUCCUCAGCCCUUCAUGUUCAUGAUUUGGGAAAUAAGGAUAAAGGAGGUAUAAUUACCCUGUUUCUCUUAAAUGGUUAGCAAUAUACCUUUUUCAGCUUAUUAAACAGUCUGUAGACUAAAUUAUUUAUUAAUCUUUCAACCAGAAAGGGCAGAUUUUGCCUUUCUGAGAAAUUUGUCCAAAGAUCCCUUAAGAUUAUUAAGAUUCAGUCACCAGUCCUUAAACGUGAAUAAUAUAGCAGAGCCUAGCAAACUCAUGAAACUCUACAGAAAGCUAUUGACUAACCUAUCAAAGCCCCUUUCUCUUUCCAAAGCUUAUUUCAUUAAGUGUAUGUUUGAAAUUCGAAGAUUUCAUUCUCUAAAGAUUGGAAUUGGAAUGUUAGGUUUAAAGAAUUGGAUCAUGGGUCUUUUUUUUUCUUUUAUUCAAAUGUGCUGCUACCUUUUGCCUUCUUCCUUUUUUGGAGUUGCCCAUUAUACUUAGAAACAGAAUGAGGCAAUCCAUAAAAAAUAUUUUUAUGCUGAAAUAUUUUACUUUCAAUGAUAGACUUGCUUGCCUUUAUAGUUUUGUUUGAUGUUUUACUUAAGUGAAAGGAAAUCUUGUUGUCCACUUGCCAAAGAAGAAAAUAAGCUAUGGAAUAGGAUCCAAGAAGCAGCUCAUGUAAAUUCAGAAUAGAAAAUUGAUUCUGUCUUCAGUUGUGAUCAAGAAAUGAUAAAGAUUAUCUAAUACCUCUUCCUGAGAAGCUAUAGAAAGAGCCUCCUCAAAACAGGCAUGAUUUAUACAGAGAUUCUCUUUGAUGAGGAGAAUAGUAUAUACCAUUUCAAAAGGCAGCAAUAAUGUAUUUCAUUGAAAAUAUUCUUUUCUUCCAAUUUUUUACCAGCUUUUUAUUGAAGAGUUUAAACGGUAGAUGAAACAUUACUUCUUUGAGUAUAUUUUUAGAGAUUAUUUUUAUUAAUCUCUGCUUUCCCUGUAGUGUAUGUACCACACCUCAUAUUCUCAGUCAUCAAGCAUUUAUUGACUAUAAUGUCCCAGGUCCUAUGGUAGAAAUAUGAAGGAAAAAUAAAGAGAAAGGAAACAAUUCUUGUUCUCAAGGAGUUUGGAUGUAACUUUUUAAAAAGAGGACUAAAGGCUCACUAAGGAGUCAAUAGUAAAUUUUUCAUUUCUUCGACUCUGCCCCAAAAUAAUUGAUAUCUUUUAGUUUCCUAGAGUAAUACAUAUUUAUUAUCACUUAGUUUUAAUUCAUAACUUAUGGUACCACAGUGCCUAUGGAUAACUUCAUAAUAGAGUUGCUUCAUGUAAAAUUUCUAGGGGAAAAGAAAGGAGAAAGCCAUUAAAAGUGCUAGACUCUGUUAAGGGAGAUUAAUGAAUCUGGGGACAAAAAUAGGCCAGCAGUUGGUCAUAAAAAUAAUUACAGCAGGAUUUUUCCCCCUACAUCCUUAGAGAUACAUAACUUCUUGAUGUUAACUUUGUACUGUUAUAAGGGAACCAAGGAAACUUUUUUUUUUUUUGGAGAGUAAUUCAUUGGGGACAUGUUUAGGGAAUGUCCGUAUGAAUGGGGAUCAGUGACUUAGUCUAGAUGUGAAUUUGUAGUCUCCAUUAUAUUGUCAUUCCUUCAAGUCCAUAUUAAAGAUAUGAUAUGAUUCUGGGAUCUUCUAAAGAUCUAUACAGAUUCCUGACACAUGGGGGAAAAGGAAAUUUUUACUUAAUUUUUUUAUUUACCAAGAGUUAAACUUCUCUCAAAAAGGAAUUUUAUAUGAAGAAGUUAGUAUCUCUAGAAUGUGAAAGGAAGAAACAAUUUUUUCCCCUACUCUACUAAACAAAAAAUUGUUGAAUGGAAAGAUUUUUUUAUCUAAAAGGAAAUGGUAGAAAGCAAAGGAAAUUGAGUGAUGAUGUUUGCCAUGUACAGUAUUAUUAGCUGUUAUCUUUCUGGAAAUAUUUGUUAAAAAAAAAGUUAUCUUUUAUAAACCAUGUCAAGUUAAAAACUAUUACUUCACUAUUGUACCUGUGGAAGUACAAGCCAUUUUACUGGGGGGGGGGGGGGAGAAAGAGAGGGAGGAACGCAAAAAUUUCAAAACUAUUAAACUGUUAUUUCAAUA